AUGGUUGAUGCUCUUGUUUCCACUGUCAUCCAGCAAUUGGCUACUAUCAUUCAGAUGGAGGUCGACCAAGAGGUACGACUGGUCGUGGGUAUGAGAAAGGACGUCGAGAAGCUCUCCCAUACUUUUAUGAAAAUCCGAGCUGUGCUCAAAGAUGCUGAAAAGAGGCAAAUCAUGGAUGAUUCAGUGCGGCAAAUAGUUCAUCAGGGAGUUGUUGUUGAUGAUGAUGAUGAUGAUGCUCACAUGAAGGUAUGCCCCAGCAACUUGUUUUCUCCUUACUUUUGCUUCAAGCAAAUUGGUUUGCGCCGUGACAUUGGUCACAGGAUAAAAGAGAUAAAUGAAAGAGUAGAUGACAUUGCUAAUUUGCAAGAGAAAUUUCGUUUUAAUGGUGAAACUGCUAAAAAUGAAAUAAUAGAUGAGCCAAUAGGGAGUCUAGAAAGUAGCUCCCUUGUUGAUGUCUCAGAAGUAUUUGGUCGCGACAGUGAUGAAAAUUUCAUAGUAAGCAAGUUGCUAAGCAAGGGCAGCAGUAGUAGUACUACUCAACAAGGAGAAGAAAUUAUGGUUUCUGAUCAUCAUCAUCAUCAUCAAGUCCCCAUGAUAAUCUCCACUGUGGGGAUGGCCGGUAUGGGCAAAACCACACUUGCCCAACUGGCCUUCAGCGAUGAUAGGGUGGAAAACCAUUUCAAUAAGAGAAUGUGGGUACAUGUCUCCCAACCUUUUGAUAGAGUGAAGGUUACCCUGCGUAUUAUUGAAGAAAUCGGUGGUGGUGAUGCAAACAACAUUGUCACCACCACCACCACCACCCAUGUUGGUCAUCAUCACGAUAAUGCAUGGGAAUCAUUACAUCGUCAACUCACUAGUUCUGUUGAAGGAAAGAAUUUCCUACUUGUGUUAGACGAUGUGUGGAAUGAGGAUCGUAAUUUGUGGGAUCCAUUCUGGCUUUCUCUCAAAUGCGGUUCUCCAGGAAGUAGAGUUAUCGUUACAACCCGCAAUGAGAAUGUUGCAAUCAUGAUGGGUACGGUGUAUGUUCAUAGAUUAGAAAUAUUGUCUGAUGAAAACUGUUGGUCAGUGUUGAGACAUUAUGCUGCCGUUGCUGGGAGGCAAGAAGAAGAAGAAGAGCGAGACCAGUUGAAAGAAAUUGGCAUGGAACUCGCAAAGAAGUGUAAGGGAUUGCCUCUUUCGGCGAAGACUUUAGGAAGUCUUUUGCGCUUCAAAAAGUCAAAACAGGAUUGGCAAGAUGUGUUGGAAAGUGAUGUCUGGACGGUUGUAUCAACUGCUGAUCCUAAAGCAAUAUUGCCGACUCUAUUGCUAAGUUACAGCUUUCCCAAAAUACUUGUAAAAAGAGAAUGGAUCGCACAAGGCUUUCUUAGUGAUGACAGUAUAGCAGCAGCAAGCAGCAGGGGAGAUUUGGAUAAAGUCGCUGACGAAUACUUCAAUAAUUUGGUCGUACGCUCCCUUUUUCAGAAAGACAUUCAAUCUAAGAAAGGUAGAAGUUACAUAAUGCAUGAUCUUGUCCACGAUUUUGCAAAAUCCCUUGUAGAGAACGAAUGCUUCACUUUUACAGCUGAAGAUACCAUUAAUGUUCAGGAACCCAGCUGUAGUAGAGCCCGCCAUUUAUCUCUUGUAGUAGUAGUAGAAGAGAAAUGUAUGAAUAUUCCUUCUUUCACUUACAAGGCAAAGAGUCUACGCACUCUUACAAUCUAUGGAGGACAGAUUCCUAGAGUUUCUUUUGAUUUAUUUCUUCGUUUAACAUGUCUGAGGACACUAGAUUUGGCUGAUAGUUACCUUGAAGAGCUACCAAAGGAGAUUGGAAAGUUGAUACAUCUAAGGAACCUUAACUUGUCCACGGCAAGGUUUAGAGAACUACCUAAAUCAGUGACUAGUCUUUACAAUUUGCAGAUAUUAGUGCUUCAAGAAUGCAGUAAUCUUUGUAAACUACCUGAAGGGAUUGGGGGAUUGGUCAAUUUGAUAGAUCUUGAUCUGUCAGAAUGGAAUGUCGCCAACUAUGUUACUUACCGGAAGGAAUUGGGAGAUUAG